AUGGAUCCAACAUGCCCUUCUGAGAGCAUUUACAACCUCAUACCCAGUGACUGGAAGGAGCCUCCCCCGCCUCCUAGGUACACAUCAGUUUUUAAGACAGCUGUGAAAGAGGACAUGAAAAAAGUUAAAACUGCAAUGAAGACUAUGGGGCCACCAAGAGUUGAAGUACCUUGUCCAAAGGAUUUCCUGAAGAAACAUUCAAAGGAAAAAGCUGCGCCGCCCAAAAAGAAAUUUGAUUGGUUUGGGACCAGAAAGCCUCCUGUGCCACUGAGGACUGAUCAUCCAGUCAUGGGCGUACAGAGUGGAAAAAAUUUUAUCAAUACAAACGCAGCCGAUGUCAUUAUGGGAGUGGCUAAAAAGCCUAAACCAAUUUACGUUGACAAAAGAACUGGAGACAAGCAUGAUCUUGAAAGUUCUGGACUAGUUCCAAAGUACAUCAAUAAAAAGGAUUAUGGUGUCACACCUGAAUACAUAUGUAAGCGAAAUGAGGAAGUGAAAAACGCCCAGGAAGAGUAUGAUAACUACGUCCAAGAAAGCCUCCGGAAAGCAGCCAUGAAAAGGCUCUCCGAUGAAGAGAGGGAAGGAGUGCUGCAGGGGCUAAAAAAGAACUGGGAAGAGGUGCAUAAGGAGUUCCAGUCCCUCUCCGUCUUCAUCGAUUCUUUACCAAAGAAGAUAUAUGUUUAUACCAUUGGCCAAUGUCACGAUUUUAGCACGAGACUUAAUAUGCCUGUUAAUACAGCCCACAUGAACAUAAUUUGA